AUGGCUAGCAGGCGCGAGCGAGUCUUUAGCCGGAGGGAAGUCGAAGCCCAGAUCGCCGAAGGCCGAUCGAUAAUUGUCAUGAAUGGCAAGGUGCUCAAGGUAGAUGCAUGGCUCAAGUAUCACCCUGGUGGUGACAAGGCCAUCAUGCACAUGAUUGGUAGAGAUGCUACAGACGAGCGCAUGCACGCCUAUCAAAUCGGUGUUGUUGAAGGACGCUGGUUCAACUUCCUGCCCCCGAUUCAAGGAGGACAGUUCCGUUUGAAAGAUGUUGUCGACACCGAGGACCAAGUCUCAGACCACGACAACGACUCGUCCAGCCAGGAAAGCUCAGGAGAGCCUUCACCUUUGUUCGAACCCAUCGAUGCCCAACUCCGCCAGCGCAAGCCCGCCAUGUCACGAUCUUCCUCUGCUACAUCCAUGUCGUCGCUGGACGUCGACAAUGAGAAACCACACAACAUCCACGACCCCGAAAGCGACUGGACGAAAGAUCAGAUCAAGAGUGACCUAGAGAGAUACCCAGAGCUUGAUCCCGAGACGCAGGAUGACAUUAUGCAAAAGUACCGCUCAUUGGAUCAGCGUAUGAGAAGUGAAGGUCUCUACAACUGCAACUACAAAUCCUACGCCAUCGAGAUAUCACGAUACUCUUUCUUGUUUGCCAUGUUCUUGACCACCUUGCACUACGGCUGGUACUGUACCUCUGCCCUGUUCAUUGGCGCCUUCUGGCACCAGUUGGUCUUCAGCGCCCAUGAUGCUGGUCACAUGGGUAUUACACACAACUUCCACGUCGACAGUGUCAUCGGCAUGAUCAUCGCCGAUUACCUUGGAGGUUUAAGUCUGGGAUGGUGGAAGCGCAACCACAAUGUUCACCACAUCAUCACAAACUCGCCUGAGCAUGACCCUGACAUCGAGCACAUGCCGUUCUUUGCCAUCUCGCAUCGCUUCUUCAAGUCGCUCCGAUCAACCUACUACGACCGCGUCAUGACAUACGACCCCUUCGCCAAAUUCGUCAUUCAAUAUCAGCACUGGCUGUACUAUCCUAUUCUCUGCUUCGGUCGCUUCAAUCUCUACCGACUAAGUUGGGAGUACCUGAUCCUUGGCCUUGGUCCCCGUAAGGGUCCCGCAUGGUGGCACCGCUGGUUCGAGAUUGCCGGCCAAUUCUUCUUCUGGUACUGGUUUGGUUAUCAGGUUGUGUACAAGAGCAUUCCAGAUGGCUGGAGCCGUCUUGCUUUCAUCAUGAUCAGUCACGCCGUCACCAUGCCCUUGCACGUCCAGAUCACACUCAGCCACUUCGCCAUGAGCACUGCUGACCUCGGUGUCAACGAGUCCUUCCCUCAACGCAUGCUGCGCACCACUAUGGAUGUCAACUGCCCUCAAUGGCUUGACUUUUUCCAUGGUGGCCUCCAGUUCCAGGCUAUCCACCACUUGUACCCACGCAUGCCUCGUCACAACCUGCGCAGAGCUCAAAAGCUGGUUCAGGAGUUCUGCGAUGAGGUGGGUAUCCCAUAUGCGAUCUAUGGCUUCUACGAUGGAAACAAGGAGGUCAUCGGACGUUUGGGAGAUGUUGCUAGACAAGCUAAGAUUCUGGCUGCUUGCCAGAGGAGUAUUGCUGAGAGUGGUGAGAUGCAUUAA